UUUUUUGGCUGGUUUGACAAUCUUCCUCCUGGGUGUUGAUCGGUGAACUAUGGAGAAACUACCCGGGUUUUUGUUGCUGUUGGCGACGCUGAACGUCGCUCGAGCCCAGAACAAGUUAACCCCGAAAUACUUCAAAGAUGGCGGGGUGCUAACGUUGGAGCCGAGCCCUCGUCCUACUGGACCCAUCACCAACCUCGUGUGGAAACUACAGGGGAACCUGGUAGCCGAGUGGUUCAAAGACAAAGACACGGGUCAAGAACUAGUUCCUUUGACUUAUUACAGAACAUUUAAAGGACGCGCUACCAUGAAUGUAACCACUGGACGGUUGGACAUUAUCAACAUGACUAAAGCUGACACGGGGUUGUAUUCAGUGGAAGUGAACAGCGUCGCCCAGAACGAGCGCUACGACGCCGUAAUGAUAAAAGAAGUCCCUGAGCCUGAGGUAGUGACACGGCAGUUGGUGUGUUCCUCCGCGUCGGACCUCUGCAUGCUGACCUGUGCAGGGGACACCACGGGCGCUGGACCCGUCACCUACAGCUGGAGGAAGGGGGACGGAGGGUGGACGGACUCGGGAAAGGACCUGGACAUCACUAAGAAGGAGACAGCAGAGGUGGAGACCUUCACCUGCCGGAUACAGAACCCAGACAGCGCGAGAGAAAGUAGACCCAAAAGAAACCCGCUCUUUGAGAAGAAGUGUCCAGACCCCGAACGCUGGAUUCAGUGUUUCGGGGUUGUUCGAGAUCUUUGGAAAUCGCGGUCAUCCCGGGCGUCGUUGCUUACUUCAUGUGGCGGAAACGAGAGACUAUGGGGAGACCGAUGUGUUCCUGUCGAUGCAGAAAAGGGGAUGAGGAUCCAGUUUAAAGCUGCAAGCCCUGCAGAGGGAAAACCACGUGUUUUGCCAUAAAAUAAGAACCAAAACACCAAAGCAAGCUUUCUUAUUUUGCUUAUUUUGCUAGGCCUAAACCCUGAAACCAAUCAGCUCUUCGAUCUUGCUUUGACUUCCUAAUUAACACAAAUGAAGUUAAUAACAUAGACGUUGGUAUUCAGAUGUAAUCACAGACGCUGUAUAUAAGAAACCAGUUAAAUGUUGCCUGAGAGAUUUGAUAUUCCUUUAUUAUGUAUUGGGUGUAAUUGCCUAUACAUUUUUGUACAAUAUCAAUUACUCUAAUGAAACUUUAUGAAUGCAGUCAUUCUCUGAAGCAGACUGUUGAAAUGAUUCAUAAAAA